AUGGCUGCCGAUUUGAGCGGCGAGCAAAUGCAGGCUAAGAUCACCUCUGCCCGUCGCGAGGCAGAGGGUCUGAAGGAUCGCAUCAAGCGCAGGAAAGAUGAGCUUGCGGAUACUUCGCUUCGCGAAGUUGCACAGAACAACACUGAUCCCCUCCCACGAAUUGGAAUGAAGCCGCGAAGGAACUUAAAGGGACACUUGGCCAAAAUUUAUGCUAUGCACUGGUCAACAGACCGCCGCCAUCUUGUCUCUGCCUCUCAGGACGGUAAACUGAUCAUCUGGGAUGCUUAUACAACAAACAAAGUCCACGCUAUUCCCCUACGAUCGUCAUGGGUUAUGACUUGCGCGUACGCCCCAAGCGGUAACUAUGUUGCCUGUGGCGGUCUGGACAAUAUCUGCUCUAUCUACAAUUUGUCCUCCCGAGAGGGACCAACCCGUGUCGCCCGAGAACUGUCCGGGCAUACAGGCUAUCUGUCGUGUUGUCGAUUCAUAAACGACCGUCGAAUCAUCACCUCUUCAGGCGAUAUGACUUGCGACGUUAUGAGUAUCAGUAUCAACCCCACAAACAACAAUGUUUUCGUUUCCGGCGCAUGCGAUUCCUUUGCCAAACUCUGGGAUAUCCGCGCCGGCAAAUCCAGUGAUCAAGUUCUUUGUGGUAUUACUUCAGUUGCCUUCUCAGUCUCUGGCCGACUUCUUUUUGCUGGAUAUGAUGAUUAUGAGUGCAAGGUCUGGGAUGUUCUAAGAGGGGAGAAGGUUGGAUCACUUAGUGGUCAUGAAAACCGCGUCAGCUGCCUAGGUGUCAGUAAUGAUGGAAUCAGCUUGUGCACAGGAUCCUGGGAUUCUCUUCUCAAGGUCUGGGCCUGGUAA